GGGAUAGAUGGCGUCUAGCAUUAGACUGCUUCCCUCAGCUCUUAAAGCGAGGCAUGCUGCCCUCUUUGCUCUCGGCAUCGGGGGAGCUGCAGGCGCGAUCAGAUACCAAACAGACGAAGGCACAAGGCGCUCCGUCUAUUUUUGGUCUAGGGCAUUUCCCAUCUACCUGCACUAUCGCUACCCGCCUCUCCCUCCCGCCCGCUCACCUUCCUCCUCCCCUUCCUCAUCCCCUCUCUGCCCGCACGGACCUAUUCGCAUUUCCCGCUCGCCCUUUUCAGGUGAAGAGUCAGGUGCAGCAUUUACCGGAAGCAGAACAAGAGGAGGCCUACGCGCCUCUCCACCAGAAAUAUGCCCCGGAGGUGGUGGAUAUCAUCUUGCAUCUGAAGGGCUUCUACAUCAAGGUACCGAUCAGGAUGGGGAGGAGGAAGUA